AUGCCACUUGCACUGAGGACAUCUGCAAGUGGUGCUAAGAUGCAGACCAAACUGAGCGCCUGGACUCCUCUGAACCACCCGCAGUCCAACAGCAAGGUGUUUGAAGAGAGGCGAAACCUUCUUGCAAAGUGGUUUGACAGGUGGUCUGACAGCCAGAGGAAGGCGGUGCUGCAGGACUUUGUGCUGAGCUGUUCACUGGAGCAGCUGAUGUUUCUGAACCGUAGUGUGAGCAGACAGCUCCCCCUGCAGGCUGCAGACUUCACCUGUCUGCUGCCCCGAGCCCUCUGCCUCUAUCUCUUCUCCUUCCUGGACCCUCGCAGCCUCUGUCGAUGUGCACAGGUGAGCUGGCACUGGAGGAGCAUCGUGGAACUGGACCAGCUGUGGAUGCCAAAGUGUGUGAGGCUCGACUGGUGCAUCAACUUCUCCCCUACGCCUCUGGAGCAGGGCGUGUGGAAAAGACACUACAUCCAGACUGUGCAGGAGCUGCGACUCUCCUCGCUGCAGGCUGCUUCAUCCCAGCAGAAGUUUGUGGUUCCUCAUGUAUCAGCCGUCAGCAGAGGACAUGAAGAUCCAUCAGAAGUGGGCCUCAUUGGUGAGGAGCGUCCAGCGUCCAGCACCCAGGUUCCUGGAAGCAUCUCUAAGACAAGAUUAAAAAAUGAGAAACAGCUGACUGCUCCGCCACCAUGGAGAGACUCUGACAGACAUCCGAAAGACACCUUACGCUUUAACUACUUGGACAACCUGGAUCCCAGUGAACAAGUACAAGUGAGGAGCAGAGCCUCCACCUGCCGCAGCAACACACCGAAGCCAGACGACGACGGGAGCAAGAAAACACUGUCUGAAGCACAUUACAAACUACGCAAAGCCAAAUCGCUGAUGUUCCUCAGCUCCAACUGCAGAACCCAAAAUCCUCCUCCUUCUCCUCCUCAUCACCAUCACCAGGCCCAAUCUCGACCUUCUUGGGCAUCUCGCAGUCACGAACACCCCGUCACCAAGGAAACCGCCAAGAGCAUGCUGCGGCUGCCCCGGUGGAAUGCUGGGAUCCGUCCGGGCCCGGUGAGGUCGGCGGUGCCCCGGUUGAGCGCGGAGGCGCUCAGGGCGUCCCAGCGUUCACACCGGAGCGUUCCCAGUACACCGCUGUUUGAGGUUCAGCCCUGGACUGUGCCGCCCUCACACACACGUGUCAUGGAGUGA